AUGGUGCCAAUGCUGAGUACCUGUCUUGUCCUAGUGGCGAGCAGCGCAGCUCACUGCAACACACAGCCUGGCAGGCAGCAGAGGCACGAGAGUACAUUCAUGCGAGAAGUGGAUGCACACAGCGACAGCUCAGCCCAAAGGGUCAACGCGGUUCACCAAAGCGGUCAUUCUGAGCUACGCAAGAACCUGGGAAGCAUCAGCAACGCCGCUUUCACGGGGGCCUGCAGGCCUCGUCACGCGGGAACUCGUGCGUUUCCACAGGUCCGGCGGCUGUGUUUCACGUGGGCUGGAGGCAGUGAAAGCAUAAGUGUGAAGUCACGGUGGCAGCGACGUCGCGCGGUGCACGUCGGUGUUGCUCGCCUCGCCUGGUGUCCGCCCACCGCCCUUCCGCCAGACGCGCCUGCAGCCGCGUGGGCGGAACUAAAGCGGCAGGUGCGCGGUGGACGAGAUGCGCGCAUUCACGCGCAAGCGCCGUUGGCAGCCGCCGCCACUGGUAGAGGGAUGCGCCGGGACGCGUUGGAGCACCGUAGGCCCCCGCGUGUGGGACGGUGGCACGGCGUGAUCCGAGGUGGCGAUCGAAAGACUGCAUGGGAGCGAAUUAAGUCAGCAUCACGCGCAACUGACUUGAGUCUGGCGAAUCUUCACAGCCUUUCAGACGACAUCCUUGGCCAUGUGUCCACAAUGUUGCAUCUUGCGAAAGUUAGCUUGGAGGACAGUUCAGGCUUUAGUGCAGAGGGCAUCAAGCACCUCUACAGGCUGCCUUGGCUGAGGAUGCUAGACCUCAGAGGCACAGACGUCUCAGACAGUGCCUUGGAAGGCAUUGGGUCCUUGGACGGUCUCGAGCUGCUGUGGCUUUCUGGAUGCGAGUGUGUGACAGAUGCUGGCAUGGUGCAUGUGGGGAAGUUGACAUGGCUUAAGGACCUUGGUAUAGAUUUCACGGCUGUCACGGAUGAUGGAGUGAAGCAGCUGACUGCCCUGACCCAGUUGAGGAUUCUCUAUCCGCCAGAAGGGGGGAUCCUUUUUGAUGAUGAUACAUGCAGGCGGAUAGGCAGGUCGAGUGGCUGGUGGAGAGUAAACUAUGACUGCAGGCGAGAUUGA